AAUAAAUCACAAUUAAAAUAAUUAUAAAAGAAUAAAAAUGCGUGAAAUUGUAUCAAUUCAUAUUGGACAAGCUGGUUGUCAAAUUGGUAAUGCAUGUUGGGAACUAUAUUGUUUAGAACAUGGUAUAAAUCCAGAUGGACAAAUCCAUGUAAAUGAUUGUCGUGAUGAAAGUUUUAUGACAUUCUUCAAUGAAACACAUUGUGGUAAAUUUGUACCACGAGCGUUAUUUAUUGAUUUAGAACCGACAGUUGUGGAUGAAAUACGUACUGGAACGUAUCGACAAUUAUUUCAUCCUGAACAAUUAAUUACUGGUAAAGAGGAUGCAGCAAAUAAUUAUGCUCGAGGUCAUUACACUAUUGGCAGAGAGAUAAUUGAUGUGUGUGUGGAUCGAUUGCGUAAAGUGAUCGAUCAGUGCAGUGGAUUACAAGGAUUUUUAAUAUUCCAUUGUUUUGGUGGUGGAACUGGAUCAGGAUUCACUUCCCUUUUGAUGGAACAGUUAUCCUGCGAAUAUAGUAAAAAAGCGAAAAUUGAAUGGUGUGUUUAUCCAGCUCCACAAAUAUCCACUGCCGUAGUGGAACCAUAUAAUUCUGUUUUGGCCACACAUUCCACGUUAGAACAUGCGGAUUGUACAUUUAUUGCCGAUAAUGAAGCGAUUUAUGAUAUUUGCCGACGUUGUUUAAAUAUUGAACGACCCACAUAUACAAAUUUAAAUCGUUUAAUUGGACAAAUUGCUUCGUCGAUUACAGCAGCCGUACGUUUUGAAGGGGCAUUAAAGAUUGAUUUAGCUGAUUUCCAAACGAACUUAGUUCCAUAUCCAAGAAUACAUUUCCCGCUAGUGACAUAUGCACCGAUUAUUUCAAUGGAACGUGCUUAUCAUGAAUCAAUUCAUGUUGCGGAUAUAACCAGUGCCUGUUUUGAUCCACUCUAUCAAACUGUGAAAUGCAAUCCUAGAAAUGGGAAAUAUAUGGCUUGUUGUAUGCUGUAUCGUGGUGAUGUUAUUCCCAAAGAUGUUAACGCAUCAAUUGCCUUAAUUAAAACUAAACGAACAAUACAAUUUGUUGAUUGGUGUCCGACGGGUUUUAAGGUUGCAAUUAAUUACCAACCACCGACAGUGGUACCAGGUGGUGAUUUAGCAAAAGUUACACGAGCCGUUUGUAUGUUAGCUAAUACUACAGCCAUAUCGGAUGCAUGGGCUCGACUGGAUUAUAAAUUUGAUUUGAUGUAUUCAAAACGUGCAUUUGUACAUUGGUAUGUAGGAGAGGGAAUGGAAGAAGGUGAAUUUAAUGAAGCACGAGAAGAUUUAGCUGCCUUGGAGAAGGAUUACGAAGAAGUUGGUACGGAUAGUUUUGAUCAAUGUGGCUAUGAAGAAGAUGGAUUUUGA